CUGAAAUUGCCACUGGCUCAGCUUCCUCAGACCGAUCCGCUCCGCCAGUCCAGCUCCAGUUAACACAUCUCGACGGCGGCGGCGGUGCCCCAAGGUUGCGGCCGUGAUGCUUCCGAGGCGUCUUCUCGCCGUCAGCCUCCUGCGCUCAAUCUCCACCUCCUCCACCGUUUACCCAAGGGCAGAGAAUGUCAGAGAAAGGUUCCUUUCAAGUUCAUGUUAUUCUGACAGCAUUAGGCAUCAGACUUGUGGAGGAGCAGGGUCAACGGCUAAGAAACCUCUUCUUUUUCUGCAUAAGAGGAGAUGCUAGAUCCCUUUGCACUGGUUAAAGAUGAAGUGUCCGAAGUCUCGAACUGACUGCGUUUGACGGUGGUAUCGGAGGUACCUGAAUUGACAGCAGCAGCUUGAUAUUUCUUCAGAGCUGGAGCUGAAGGGAAAAGAACAUGCCCCACUGUUCUACUAUUGAUGGCCUCGGCUAUAAGAACAGACACUCCUGACUCGGUUGUCGGUUCAAGGAACGAGCUUCGUGCAAGACAGAUGCGCAUUGCUGAGAUAACUGAAAUGAUUCAUGUAGCAAGCCUUAUCCAUGAUGAUGUUCUGGAUGCUGCUGAUACCAGACGUGGUAUGGACUCCCUGAACUCUGCGGUGGGAAACAAGCUUGCGGCAUUGGCUGGUGAUUUCCUACUUUUCAGGGCAUUUUCUGCUGCCGGAUCUCUAGAGAAUACAGAGGUUGUAUCUUUACUAGCAACAGCUCUAAAUAACCUUGUGACAGGUGAGCUUAUGCAGAUGACCGUAACUCCAGCACAACGCUGCAGCAUGGAUUACUAUUUGCAGAAGACAUACUACAAGACAGCUGCACUCAUUUCAAAUAGCUGCAAAGCCGUUGCAGUUCUUUCUGGCCAAACAGCAGAGGUUGCAGGCCUUGCUUAUCAGUAUGGCAGGCACUUGGGUAUAGCAUAUCAGCUGAUCGACGACAUCCUUGAUUUCACGGGCACAUCCGCUUCACUAGGCAAAGGCUCCUUGUCUGAUAUCCAUCAAGGAAUCGUGACCGCUCCUGUGUUGUUCGCAAUGGAAGAGUUCCCUGAGCUACGUGGGAGUGUAGAGCAUGGAUUCAAUGACCCUUCAGAUGUUGCUACUGCCCUUGAAUACCUUGCGAAAAGCCAGGGAAUCGAGAGGACAAGGUUGCUUGCUACUGAACACGCAAAACUGGCAGCGCGCGCGAUCGAUGCGCUUCCUGAGGUUGGGAACAAAGUUGCACUGGUGUCGAGACAAGCACUCAAAGACCUUGCUCAAAAGCUCAUCAGGAGAACAAAGUGAAGCGAAAAUAUACGAUACGUUGAUAAAGAUACCAAUUGGUAGCUUUGAUACAUGUUUAUGUCCCUGGCGAUAUCUUUUACUGAUGGAGUACAGCAGACGUGGAUAGGAGAAUUAUCUCUCUCUUGCUCCCAUAUUGUCAGCAACUAUUUAUCACUAGUCCAAAAGAUAAGGUGCUUCACGGAUCUGCGCCCUUAAACAGGUUAGAUGGGUUGACUUGUCAGAAUUAAUUCAGUGAUUGAUUGAGGAAGAAAGCUAUUCCAUCUGCGGAACA